AUGGGUCCCUCGGCCGCUGUUGAGCAUUCACGUCAGAAUUGGAACAUGUUGAUGGAAGCUUGCGUAUCGAGCCUGGGUCGAGAGAGGAGUAGUAAUUACCCACUUGUGAACUUCUUGAUUGCGACGGAGGCCGAUUUCUUCAUAGGGUUCGACGUGGUGCUUUCUAAUAGACAGCAUGAGAAGCACGGGUGGGAUUGUUAUGUCCGGUUACUUGAGCAUGAACAAAGACAAACUUUGGUAGCACUAUCACUAUGCAUAACCGAAAUAGUCGAGCAAAUGGAUAUGAUCUCAGAUGAAGAUAAUCCACAUAACAGA